UGAGGGCGCCGCCGCUCCCCGCAUGGAGGACAGCCGGGAGCAGCCCCCCGGCCCCGCCGAGCCCCCCGCCACCCUACACAGCCCGGGGGCCACGCCGCCGCCCCCCGCCCGCAGCAGGCCGCCCCCCGUUUCGGGGCAGACCCCCCGGGCACGAGCCUCCCGCGCCGGCCUCCGACGGGGAGCCGCCGCUGCCGAGGAUGGCCCCGAUGGCGGCGAAGGCGUCCGAGGAGGACGCGGUGGCCAGCGGGGAGAAGGAGGAGGAGGAGGCCUUCCUCGUCAGCCUCUACAAGUUCAUGAAGGACCGGCACACGCCCAUCGAGAGGAUCCCCCACCUCGGCUUCAAGCAGAUUAACCUCUGGAAGAUUUACAAGGCGGGGAGAAGCUGGGGCCUACGAGCUGGUAACGGGGCGAGGCUCUGGAAGAACGUGUACGAUGAACUCGGGGGCAGCCCCGGCAGCACCAGCGCGGCCACUUGCACCCGGCGCCACUACGAGAGGCUGGUCCUUCCGUACGUGCGGCUCAAGGGCGAGGACGACAAGCCGCUGCCCCCCAGCAAGCCCCGCAAGCAGUACAAGGUCUCCAAGGGCGCCGAGACGGGCGAGAAGAGCAGGAGGAGCAAGAAGGAGAAGGGCCGGGAGCAGGUGCGCAGCCCCAUGGGGCUGGGAUGGAGCGUGGGAGCAGCCCCCAACCCCCUGGAGACCUUUCCUCCAUCCCAGAUGCCGCCGGAGAAGGCGAAGCCUGAGGCUGUGGCCACCCCUGGAGGCAGCAAGGAGGAGCCGGCGGAGGCCCCGGAGCGAGGCCGACCGGCCGAAGGACGUGCCAGCCCCGCGGCCCCAGCGCCAAGCCCCUCAGCGGGGUGUGCGGGCACCUGCAGAGCCCACACCGAAGCCUACAAACGCCUCUUCUCCAGCUUUUACUCCAAAGGCAACCACCCCAUCAUGUCCCCGCUGGCCAAGAAGAAGCUGCUGGCCCAGGUGAGCAAGGCCGAGUCCUUGCACUGCCACAAGCGCCACUGCCCAGAGGGCCGGCGGGGGGCGAGCGACGCUCACCCCAGCACAAGCCCCGAGCCCCCCCGGCCAGCAGAGGAGCGGAGGAGCCCGGAGCCUCCUGGAUUUAAGGAUCCAUCCCGAGGCAGCAGGAGUGAGGUGGGAUCCGUCCCCAGCGCCUCCCCAGGGGGGAGAGACAGCCAGCCCUACCCCAGAGCCGAGGAGGGGGGCCCCGCGCCCGCCGUCUUCACCGGCUACUUCCACGCCUACCACAACAAGGUGCUGAAGCCCGUGAGCUGCCACCCCCUCGGGGGCUACUUCUCCAGCUUGAAGGAUUUUUUGGAGCCGCAGCUGGAGGACACGGAGCAGCCCCAAGACCUGCGGAGCAAAACGGGGCAAGCGUGGAGCGGGGAGGGCCCGCGGGCGGCCGCUUUCACUGCUGUUAAAUCCUGCCGGGUGCCCCCCGGGGCUGGCUUCGCGCCACCAACGCAGAGCCCCACAGUGCCGGGGGGCAAGCGGAGCCGGGAGGAGGAGGCUUUCGGCCCCGGCAAGAAGCUGCGGGCUGUGUCCCCCUUCGUCAAGGAGCCCGAGGGCAGGGACAAGGGCGCUGGCUCGCCCAGGGGCCAGCAGGUGCUGGCCAAGCCCAAAGCCAUCGUGCCCGGUCCCGCCUACACCGCCCAGCUGCCCGCCGUGCCGCCAGCCCCGGACGUUUACAAGGGAGCGAUGCUGCGGUUCCCGGUGAGCUUCGCCAACCCGCUGGAGCACCUCAAAACCCCGGCGGCGCCGCUGAUGCCGUCCCUCUCCGUCAACCCCUUCGUCAUCCCUGCUUUCCCCAGCCCUUUGAUAGCCGCCUCCACGCAGCCCUCCGACCUGUGCCGGCCGCUGGCGACCGGCCCCGGGCACUACCCCACGUCCUACGAGAGCUCGCUGCAGCACCGGCUCUACCCCGUGGCGACGUGGCACAGCCAGCCCACAUACGCCACCCCGCACGCGUCGGCCUUCCACCGCAAUGCCAAGCUGUAGGGUUUUUGCCCUGAUCCGGACCGGCCUCGUCCUCGCAGACAGGUGGCCGCGGGGGUGCCGCGGUGGCCGGAGCCCAUCGGCGCUUCAGAGCCGCCGCGUCCCGCGGCAGAGACGAGCUGAGCUGGACCGUGUCAUUUUUACUUCUGAUCUUAGAGCUGUUUGUAUCUACCAUCGUUCGCCGGUGACUUAACUUCCAGUAUCACAAGGUUAUAUAUAUAUUAUAUAUAUAUAAAAAAGGGAGCAAAGUGAGCUGCAGGUUUCUAUUUUGUUAGAGAGGCCGUGCCCCGUGCAGUUUCACAUGGCCAACGCCGAGAGGAGGCAGAGCCGAGCGGUGGCUGUCCGCCAUCUCACCAGAAUGCUCUGUAACUCCCUGGGUACACAGCCCCUGCUCACUCCUAGGAAGCAAUGCAAUUUUAUUUUUAAACGACGUUGCCUUGAGCAGGGGGUUCCUGAGGUUGUUCAGGGGCUCGGGACCGCGGCAAAAGCAUCCGUGAGAAGCGCGCCGGCCGCUCCGCUCGCUGCCGCCACGCACCUCCAACAGCCGAAAGGGCUGAGCCGGUGGCAGAAGGCAGCAUCCCAAAAUAAAACUGGCUGGAUGGUCCCAACCUG